AUCAGCCUGCGUUGCUGUUCAAAGUAAUUUCACAAGUGUUUUUUAAAUUUUUUUGGUUUACUCCAUUAUUUGACUGCAAAAUGGAGAAAUUCGUGCAGGACACGCUGUCCAAGUGUCUAGACUGUGUGGUCACGGAUCAGAUGAUGUCAGCCAUAUUGAACAUCAAAGAUGACUAUGAAUUCGACAGUUACUUUGGCAACUUGUUGAGCGAGGAUAAUGAGGAGCAUCGCAUGUUUCUGCUGAAUUGCCGCCGCAUGUUAUUGAGUGGGAAACAGCCGCGAAACAAUGGCAAAAGUCGUUCGCCCAUCAAACAAAUGCCGCUCACAUCGCCGGCCAAGGGCCCAAAUCAAAAUCCUUCCCAAGGGGCCAAGGGAAAAUCAGGGAAGUACGUCAAUCUAUAUGCCAGCGAUGGCCGAGUCCAAGGAGACACUAUACUGUUGAAGGGCCGAAGGCAUUGCGAUUGCCAGGCAGCCCAGCACAAGCUGAUCAACAAUUGCCUGGGGUGCGGUAGAAUCGUCUGCGAACAGGAGGGCAGCGGCCCCUGUUUGUGCUGCGGUGAUCCUGUGUACACGCCCGAGGAGGAGCAGCAGCUGGCCAAGGUGGCCAGGGAGAAGGGCGGCUCGAAGAGCGCUCCAAAACAGGGCAAGAAGUCCGGAAAGGAAAACGCCAAGGAAUCCUCCAAGGAGGGGUUGGACAAGGCCCUGGCCCAAAGGGAUCGUCUCCUGGAAUACGACAAAAAUAGUGAGAAGAGGACAACGGUUAUUGACGAUGAGCUGGAUUACUUCCAGGAAAAUUCCGUUUGGCUCAGCGAUGUGGAGCGCGAGAAGUACGAAAAGCUGAAGAGCGAAAUGCAGGAGAUGAAGCACGGCAGCCGGCUGAAGCGCAAGAUCCGCGUGGACUUUGCUGGCCGGGAAUUGCCAGAGGAGCCAACCAUUUCCAAGGAGUACGAACAGCAAGUAAUAAGUGAACUGGCGGCGGUUUCCAAAUCGUCAGGUGGCGCAUCUAACUGGAGUUCAUCUUCGAUCACUGGCCACUCAGCUUUGGCUCUCGCACCUAACUUGGACAUGGCCAAGCCGCCGGUAUACAAGGCCAGCAAGGAAUCUAAGAGUUGGCCAGCUCCCACAGCUGCCAGCGAUGGGCUGGAAAGGAUCUACAAUCGAGUGCAGGAUAAAGAACUGCUGGAAAUGCAGGACAUGCGACAGUGCUUGUCGAUGCACCAACCAUGGGCUUCGCUGCUAGUGGCUGGCAUCAAAAAGCACGAAGGACGAGUGUGGUACAGUGAACAUCGUGGAAGAUUGUGGAUAGCUUCCACCUCCAAGGAACCGCACGCCGAGGACAUUGCCCAAAUGGAGGGAUUCUACAAGGUGCUCUACGGGGACCCUGAUAUCAAGUUCCCCACUCAUUAUCCUACUAGCAGCUUGCUAGGCUGCGUCCACGUGGACAGUUGCCUGCCACAGGAGGAGUACAGGGAUGCAUAUCCCAAUGGAGAAUCGGAAAGCCCCUAUGUUUUUGUCUGCACCAAGCCAGAGCAACUGAAUAUCCUGCUCCCGGUUCAAGGCGAUCACAAGAUAUAUGAACUCCCGCUUAAAACCCACACGGCCGCCUGCAAGACACUGCUUAGAGCUAGAGCUAACAAGGGUUAAGCCUUGGGUUCAUUUUCAAACACAUUCUUAUUAGUUUACUGUCAGAAUCGCUUUUCUGAUUAGAAAAUCUUCAAAAAUUGUGAAUAAUUCAAAUUUCUCAAAGAAAUAAAGUUUAAUUUAUGAAUGAAGAGUA